UGAUGAGCGACCUUGCAGUGUGAGUUCGUGCCUCCCCUCCUGCCCGUUAGAGGAAUUCUCAGGGCCACGAGGCGAUCGGGGAGUUUCGGCAUGAGGAUCCUGGACGCGAGUCGGCGACGCCGGGCCAGCACGACGGCCUCGCGGUGCCCAUCCUGCAAGAUGAUCCUGGACGACGACGGGGUCCGCCGACUGAGGUGUCCCUUCUGUGGCGCCUCUUGGAGCGUCGGGAACGAGGCCGAGGACCAGCUCUCGCUCUCUCAAUCGAGGACCAGCUCUCUACAUCUACCUCUUAUUGAUGCAAGGCCGAAUCUGAGCCUGUCGGGCCGUUUCCUGGGGCGGUUCAGUCCCACCCACCCCAACUUCACCCACAUUCAGGGAUUCACGAUGAGGAACGGCGAGGAACGGCCGGCCUCCCCCGAGAUGUCCACCCUUCCCCCCAUCGCCCUGGGUGGGGGAAGCCGGCGGUUGGUGAGCAUGGAGACGUCGCAUCGGUCUUUGCCGAGCUCUGCAUCCAAACUGCGUCAGAUUCGAAGCGCUCGGACUCCUUCCAAAGACACCCCUCCUUCCGAAUUUCAACUGAUCGCCACACCGAACAAGAAGAUUCAGCGCUCUACCGUGGACAUCGAGAAGGAAGAUUUCGAGAACAUGGUUCAGCGAGCCAGGGAGACCGGAAACUACGAAGAAGUGGGCAAAGUCUACACGAACGUAUUUCAGGAUUUCAAAAGUAUUAGUGCAACUUUCAAGAGGGCAUCCGACCAAGACAGUGUCACAUCUCUAGAUUCGGGCUUGAAUAUGGCGUUUGUGAAUGCCGUCAAUGAUGCGAUGAUCGGCAUGCCUUCCAACAUCCAUAGGAUCGUGUUGAAGAGUGUCUUCUACGGUAUCAUGGAUGAGAGUCACAGGGUUUGCAACCAAAUGUCAUUCUCUCUGGGAUGCAAGGUGCACCGAGACCAAACACCAUCACUUGCCAUCAUCCAUCGCUGGGUCAACGUCUUCAAGUUCGUUCGAAAGUCCUUUCAAGAUGCUGCCCAAUCUGGCCGCCCAGAAAUUGCAAAUGACAAGCAGACAAAUAAAUAUUGGCGGAAGCUAAUAGAAGACUGUCGCAUGGCCUAUGCGUCGAAUCAGCAGAUAUGGGGGAUUGGUGCGCAUGUAGUCCACAUCAUUCUCAGAGAGAAACUGAAUGUGAGGAACGUCUGUUCCAGUUGGGUGCCUAAUUCAUUGAACAAGAACAGAGACCACCGGGUGGCUGUUUUCCAUUUCAUGAUUAUGGAAUUUGAAGACGGGCAGUCUCGGGGAACAUCGUGA